AUGUCCGCAGAGGAGGACGCGUUCUUCCGCCACGGCUGGCACGACGACGAUGAGAGGAUCGAUAUUUACGCCUUGUUCGUGCUGGAGGACGUGCCUGUGGCCGACAUUGAGGCCGUCUUGAGGAGCCAAGAGGAUUAUGGCAACGAACGUCUUUGGCUGGCAGACGACUACAACAACUUGCCAGACUUCUACCAUCGCGUGCCUGGGCAGCCAAUCACUCCGAACCCACACACCAAACUCCCGCUUGACCCCAACUGGCGGUCUCCAUUUCGAGGAAAGACAGUAGAGGACGCGGCCGAGUUCCUGCGCAGCGUGCCCAAACCGAGAAAGCCACUCUGCAAGACAUACUUCGCGGUCCUCGACAUGACGCUGUACUGGGAGCAAGGCUACGUUCUUGUGUGCAAGAUCCUCGAGGAUGGGCAGGUGCAGUCAAUUGCCUGUGCAGCCAGCUGCGUCGGCAUCUUCUUCGGUGGCUUCGAUCGCAUCACGUGGGACGAGAGCUUGACGGACUGGGAGGAGGAUGGGGUGGCGGUGAUGACCUGA